AUGUAUGGAUUUGAUAAAAUGUACCCAAAUUAUCAGAUUACGUAUUAUUUAAUCUGUGAUCAAGUAAUUAUUGAUAAUUUCAAUCUUGAAACACGUAUAAAUACAGCCCGGGCUGCUCCAUGUGUAUUUACUUGGGAAGUAACUACAGGUACAGAUCACAAAAUGAAAGUCAUCGCUGCUCUCGCUCUUCUCGUUGCGGCCAUCAGCGCCCUUCCAUCGACUCAAAUUGAUGAAAGGAAUGCUCGUCUUGAUAUUAUUGUUAUUGACCACAUUGCGAAAUUGAGUGAAGCAAUUAGGGCCCGUGGUCUUGACCCCUUCCACCUCAGAAGAGAAUCAACAUCUAUUGCAUUGCCCGGAGGCAGGAUCAUCAAAAUGGCAGGUUUAGUCGAAGAUGUUAAGCUCAAUGGCCUUAGCAACAUCGUCAUCAACAGCGUAAACUUUGAUGCCCUCAGCGGUAUUGUCAGUUUUGAUCUUCAGAUGCCCAGUAUCGUUGGAUCAGUUGGGCAUGCUAGCGGUGCACUCCAGUUUUUCAACCAAAACGCCGAAGCUGAAGGCAGUGGAAGGCUUGCUGUAACCAAUGCCCGUGUCUCAGGUUUCGUUAGCGUUGCUUUUGGAAUUGCUGGUGUCGUUGCCACCGACGCUCACAUCCUGGCCUCCAUAGAAAACAUUGAGUCAGACAUUUCUCUUCACCUCCAAGUAGGACACAGAGAUUACGAUUUGGGACAGUACUUAAACAGCUUCUUUAACGAUCACCUUUUGGAGCGUCUCGAAGCUUUCCAGAAUGAAAUCAACCAACUUAUCGCCAUCUACCUACUGAGAAACAUCAACAGAUUCUAA